AUGCCUUCUAGUUCCCCGGAUAAUAAAGGUUCACAAAUACAGAACCAAUCUGUUUUAGAUGAUGCAUCAACACUAUUAAUGUUUUCAAGCCGUACGAAUCCACAAUCAUUGCCCAGUUCAAAUCUCCCGCCCAGUACAAAUCUGACAGCAAAUGAAGAUAGUUCCAAAGAAACCACAAAUAUGAACAAUGAAAACAGGGAACAAGUAAGUUCAAAUGAAAACAAUAACACGACUGCCCUUGUACCUAACAGCAGCCACCCAAAAAAUGAAGUCUUUCCACAUCAAAAUCUGAGUCAACCACCCUCUCGUAAAAGUUCAAAUCCUGCUGCAGUUGCAGCUGCAGCAGCCUUAGCUACAGCAGCAUCUGUUCCAUUCCCAUUAAAAAAACAUGACACCGAAGAAACUACUAAAGAUGGAAAUCUGGGUUCUAUUUCACCAAAUCACAUACGAAAAUCAACAUUAGGCAAUGAUUUGGAAAGUCCCAAGAAAUGGCCCGUAUUAGAUUCAUAUAUUGUGGAUCCUGAUUCUGGAAUUAUCACUUGUAUAUGUGGAUUUGACGAUGAUGAUGGAUUUACAAUACAGUGUGACCAUUGUUAUAGAUGGCAACAUGCAAUUUGUUACGGAAUAGAGGAUAUCAAUGAGGUACCAGAACAAUACCUCUGUAAUGCAUGUCACCCGAGAAAGUUGGAUACAAAAACUGCAAGACAAAGACAAAAAAGACAACGAGAAGCAUUGGUAAAUAAAGCAACGGGAAAUUUAGAUACACAAGAAAUCAAGAGAAGGAAGGUAAAUGAUGAUGAUGAAACCGAAUCUCAAAAUAGCUCAUCGAAUAAUGAACCAACUAAAGAUAUCGAUGGAAAGACUAACGCCCAGAAAACAACUACCACAAACCAAAUCGUAUCUAUUGUUCCAGAUAUUAGAAAGAAAGAACAUUUAUUACCACCAAAAGAAGCGUUUCCCUCCGUGUAUUUAGCAUUAGAGGAAUCUCGUUACGUAGAUAAAUAUGUGAAACUUUUCAUCGAGAAACACAAGAAUGAUGAUUGCGUGAUCCCAUACAAUUCUAUACAAUUCAAAUCAAUCCCUGUUGAUGUAAAAUCGUAUAAUGAAUCAAAUAAUGCAAGAUAUUUUCCUGGGUUUAUGAAGCUUGGUGUAUUCAUCGUGGAUAGUUGCCAAAAGAAUGAUUUUAUAACUGAAGUAGUAGGUGAUUUAGAUUUUCAAAAAAAUUAUUUAAUGGAUCCAAGGAAUCAAUAUAGAAUAUGGGGUACACCAAAAAGGAAAGUAACCUUUCACGAAAAUUGGCCUAUUACAAUAGAUCAAAGAACUUGUGGUAAUUACACGAGAUUCUUACGCAGAAGUUGUAAUCCUAACGUAAAAUUGGUCACUAUCAGAUUAUCUGAUGGGUCUAUAAAGUUUGUUCUCCAAGCGAUAAAGAAUGUGGAAGAGGGCGAAGAAUUAUACAUUGGUUGGCAAUGGGAUUUAAGACAUCCAAUUUUAAGGAUAAUAAAUGGCCCGAAUGAUUUUGAAUCCUUCGAUGACACUGUUAAGUAUUCUUUAAUACAUUCCGUAGACACCAUUCUCAGUAAUUGCGAAUGCGGCUGUGGAAACAAUAGUAAAGAUUGUCAUCUUCUAAAAAUCAAGAAAAUUUCCCAGACAUUGGUGAAAUCUGUCAAGUCAAAAAUGAACAACAGAUAUAAGUUGAACCAAAUCUUAAGUCAAUAUCAGCUAAAUACGAAAAAACGCAAAGGACCAGUAUUAAACAGAUUAUCAAAUGAAAUAAGCAGAAGAAAGGAGCAAGAUAUUAACAUGCUACAUGCGAACAUACUAAACCUAUCAUACGAUGAUUCCAUUGAAGAUAGUAUCGAAAAGAAUAACCGGAACAAAAUUGAUCUGAUCGAGAAAGAUGGAACUCUUGGCAACAAUAAUACUAGCCGAACUAACUUUAAAUCGAAAGAGACGUUUAUCCGUUCUUUAGCAAAGAAAGAUCAUAUUAAUAGCAAUUCCUCUAAGGGAAAGAAAACACUCGAUAAAUUAUUAAGUAAAUAUAAUGACUCAGCUGUUACAGAUAUUAAUAAACUGCCAAUACCAGUUGACCUACCUUAUGAGAAGUCUGUAUCUGAAGAUGUCCCUGAAACUAAUAGUGUAUCUACAGAUAUGCAAGAAGUGAAACCAGCUGGUCACGUUGAUAAAUUACCAAACGAAUUAAGCUCAAGUGAUUUACCUAGAAGAGAUACAUAUUCUAAAUUUAACAAACAAACGCUUGAACUGAGUUCAGCGCAAGACUCUAAUGCUUCGAAUUUAAAAAAGAAACUCUCGUUCGCUGAUUAUAGGAAGAAAUUGCAGAAAUGA